AUGGCCCGCAAGCAGGUGGAGAGCCUUGAAGCGUACACCGAGCAAUGGAAAGCACCUCCGGCAAUUCCGGAGUUUAAGCUUCCGGGUCCCAACCCGUUCAUUCCCGAAGAUGUGCGGGUGAUCGUGCCGGAUGGAAAGCUCCCAAAGCCGGGAGAAGCGAUUGACCCGCCCACGGUGGUGGAAAACCUCUCCAACGAUGGCGUGUGGAAGGUGAGGCACAAGCUCGACGACAUCUUCGCACAGCCCAAGGCCCGCUGCAAGUUUCAACUGGUCAGCCCCGCAGCCUUCGAGAGUCCCCGCACCUGGGCUGCCCUGGACCUCUUCGGCAGUUGCCUCAACGAGCACCUCACCGAGUACACCUACGACGCGCUGGUCAGUCGAUUUAUUACCAGCCUAGCGCUGGUCGGUCGAUAUAUUACGGGCUGCAGGGAAAAGCUUAUUUGCGUGCAUAAAAGAAACAGCUAUGUGGGCCUGAGCUUCAACCUUAGCGUGAACAGCAGGGGGAUCGGACUCUCCUUCCGAGGGUACGGGAACAAGAUGCCCGAGUUCAUCGACAAGGUCGCCGAGGCGGUGGCGACGUAUACCCCCAGCGAUCCGGUCGAGUUCGAACGACUGCGGGACGUGGUGUCAUCGGUUAGAUAUACCGUGCGAGAGAUCGGAGCAACGCUGGACUCGAUCGAGCUGGCUGAUCUCCGACCGUUGGCGUCUCGAGUCCUGGCGGAAGCGGAGGGAGUGUGCCUCAUGCAGGGCAACCUUAAGGAGGAAGAUGUCCCUAGGUACAUGGAAGGCGUACGUCGUUGGUUAAACCCGACCCCUCUACCGGAAGACAAGCGCCCGGAGACGAAGGUCGUGAGGUUGCCGCAGACGCCGAAGGGGUACGGGAGCUUGCUCCGUAGGCCCGAGGAAGACGAAUCCAACGAGAAUUCCGCCGUGCAACUGCUGUUCCAGGUUUCAGACCGCAGUCUCGAGUCGCAAGUAUUGGCGGAGGUGCUGAUGGCGACCAUCGAAGAGCCGUUCUACAACUCCUUGAGGACCAAGCAGCAGCUUGGAUACACGGUGUUUUCGGGUGUUUCUCGCGUUGAGGGAGUGCGUUUCAUGUACCUGACCGUGCAAUCGGCCGAGCGGAGCGCUCCCUAUCUCACGGACCGAUGUUUGGAGUUCGUGCAAGAAUUCAGGCAGCAGCUGGUGGAUCUGACCCCCGGCAAGCUCAGCGAUUUUGUUCAGGGGCUGGUGAGCCGUAAACUCGAGCCAGACCACCGCCUAUCCUCCGAGGUAAACAGGAAUUGGGGAGAGAUUGUGACCGGGCAGCUAAAUUUCGACCGUAGGAGGGAGGAAGUGGAGGCGCUGAAAAAGGUUCAGGAGAAGGACCUGCUACGCUUCUUCGAUAGCAACGAGGACUUUUUCGCAAAUCAUGUGUCNCAUCUCAAAGAGGGCGGGGAAGACCGGCGGCUGCUGACGUCAGAGGUCUUCGCCAAGAAGUACGAGAGCGACAUGGAACUCCCCGCGGCGGAGGCGAUGUUGGUGCCAAACGCCAAGGAAUGGAGGGGAGCCCAGGAAAAGUUUCCGAUUCGGAUUCGUCUCGCGUAGUCCAGACAAAUAAUGUAAAGGAGUACGCGUGCACAUUCCGGCACCACGAACGAGUUGUAGAGUAGGGUUCGGUACACCGCACCCACCUUUGUGUA